GUGGUUGCUAUAGAUACAUAAUCCUGUCUGUAGAGUCUAGAGUUAAAGCUAAGCUACGGAUCGCUCCGGGAAAACGUGCGUUGAGGCAAAUGGCUGAUUCAGAAAAUCUGGCUUAAGUAGGUAAUGAAAAUCAAGCUAUGGAAGACACUUCUACAGAAAAGCAAACAGAAGAAAUUACAGAUGUUACAGAUUCUAACAAGGAGCAGACAGAUACAGUACCCUUGAAUGAAACAGGUCUAUCUGCAAAGCAGGAAUACAACAUAGAUUCAACAACACAAGAAUUGGAUAUUGCUGAUGAACCAAUGCAAGAGCAAGAUGGUGCUAUAGAACAAGAGCCGGAUGCAUUUGAGAACCUGAACAUUAGUCAGGAACCUGUACAGGAUGCAGAUAUUGCUGAGCAGCUGUUGCAGAGGACAGAUCAAACCACAGCCAAGGAACCAGACAGAGAGGAAGAGCUAGUUGGGGAUGUGGCUGCUGCUGAAGAAUUGGCAUUGGAGUUGGACAGCACAGAAACAGAAUUUGAUGCAAAACUCCAAGAUUUUCCAAAUGAUUUUGGUGAUGAAAUUAAACCAACUAGAAUUGAGACAGAUGCAUCAACAUCUGAAAGUACAGGUGCCAGUGAUGGUGUUUCUGAACAGUAUCCUGUUUUGGCAGCUGUUGUUCCAGAAGACAUAAACAUGGCAAAUUUGGCAGCUCAGAUUACAGAAAUGAUAAAAAAUGCUAUUGUAACAGGUAUAUAUUAUGUUCGAUAUGGCAGUCUUUCCCAACUCAUUUUAAAUUUCUCACUGUAA